CGCAUAUCCAGGCCUCCCCUCCUUUUCCUCCUUGCAUCCACCCCUCUCUGUCGCGCCGGAACAGGGUCAACCCCUCUCUGUGUCUGCUUGUUUGCCCCUUCCCCCCCCCCCUUUGCCCCCUCUCCCACGCAUACGCUGCACGCAUUAUGGCCUCCCGCAGCAGCACCAGCAGCAGCGGCAGCGGCGUAGCCAGCGCCGCGGCCAGCCGGGCAUCCGGCCCCAGCGCCCCGGGGCCAGCCGCCACCCCGUCGCACCCCGGCGCUCCAGGCCAGCUGUCCGGGUCCAGCAACGAUUUCUGGCUUCCAGUUGUUGAGGACAUUGGCUCCAUCUACUCGCUGCUGUUUGACCACUCGAAGAUGCUGUCUCGCACGUCGUCCUCCUUCGCACGCAAUGCCGACUAUGAGCACUCGAAGACCGUGCAGUACCUGGAGCAGGCACACUCCACGCUGCAGCAGUGCAGUGCCCGGCUCGGGCAGAUCAGCGGCCCGCAAGCCGAGGGGGCUCCGGCGCCCGUGUUCACAUCCCUCAGCGAUCCGGCCCGUAUCGACCAAAUCGCCACACGCAUCACCAAGGUCCUCCAGGCGUCCGAGCAUAUGGCCGAGCUGCGCCAGGACCGGCGCAAGGAGCGUGCCGAGAUUGACGCCCUCGAGCGUGCCAACUUCGAGCGCGACCUAGCUGCUCGAUCGGCCGAGCGGCGCAAGGUCUCGGAGGCUGCUGCUUCGGAUGCUGCCGCCGCUGCCAGCGUCGCGGCGUCCUCCACUUCUGGUGUCACUGCCGCUGACGUCGCUGCUGUUGCUGACGUCGGCGCCUCCGAUGUCUCUGGCGUGGCUGCUGCUUCCGCAGAUGCCGCUGCUGGUGCCGCCGCUCCUUCCGUUGCUUGCGCGGAUGCCGUCGCGGAUGUCGCUUCUGACGCCGCCACCACUGCGGAAGCCCCCGCUGACGUCGCCGCUGAUGCCGCCGCUGACGUCGCCGCUGAUGCCGCCGCUGAUGCCGCCGCUGAUGCCGCCGCUGAUGCCGCCGCUGAUGCCGCCGCUGAUGCCGCCGCUGAUGCCGCCGCUGACGUCGCCGCUGAUGCCGCCGCUGAUGCCGCCGCUGACGUCGCCGCUGAUGCUGCCACCAAUAUCACCACCAAUGUCGUCGCCACCGACGCCGCCACUACCGCAGAAGCUCCCGCUGAUGGUGCCGCCAAUGUCGCAGUCGAUGCGGCCACCGGGGCCGAUGCCGAUGCACAUGUCACUCCCACCACCGGUGCCGCCACCACUGACACCAGCACCCCCGGCGAUACGGCUGACUCGGAGUCGGUGGAGGUCAAUACCGAAGCCACCGCCCACGAGGACACCGGCCAGGCAAAUUCCUGA